CUCAUCCAUUCCUUUCUUCAUGAUACGUUGGAAAAAGAAAAAUGCAUUUCUGUACAAAGUGAAGGAACAGAUCAGUUCUAAGAUGACUUACCAAUGUCUGAUUUUGAGCAUGGUCUUUAUCAUGCUCUGCAGGACAGAAGCGGAGAUAGUGACACAGAAAAAAGUGGUGGAGGUGGGUGGCAACGUGACCUUGAGCUGCCUCCUGACGGGAUCAUAUGAAAUUCUGCAAGUUACAUGGCAGAAGAAAAAUACUGAAGUGAAUGAAAAUUUGGCCACAUACAGUUUACCUAAAGGAGUAAAUAUUGUUGAAACAUACCGAGGUCGAUUAAAUUUCACACGCCUGUCACUAAAUGAUACGGCCAUUACCCUCUGGAGAGCUAGAAUUCAGGACGACGGAUGUUACACAUGCCUCUUUAAUACCUUUCCCGAAGGAGCCAUCCCACAACACACCUGCUUGACUGUCUAUGAGCAGCUGAAAGGAUCUCUCCAUUAUGUCAUCUCUGAAGGUAACUUGACAGCCACUUGUUCUGCUACCGCCUGGCCUCGUCCUGAGAUCUCCUGGAUUGUGCCAAAAGCGGAGAAUGAACCGACCAAAGAGGUGGUCACACACCCCAAUGGAACAGUGUCCGUCAUCAGCAAACUCUAUGUCAACAGUUCUACAAGCCUGGCUGGGCAAUUGCUGAUCUGCAGAGUACGGCACAUGGAGAUGGACAGAGAUUACAGUGUGAAAGUGAAAGAGGGGCGGUGGUUUUCAGUUCCUUGGUUGCUGGCCAUAGUGGCCCUACUCGUAGUGUUCGUCGUGUUGGUUCUGACUGUGGUGUGCUGGAGAAGGCACAGGAAAAAGCAAAGCGAAUCUAAAGCAUCUUAACCCAUCUACUGGAUCAUUCCUUGGCAAACCUGAUUCAGCAUUAGGAGCAGUGACCUGGCAUGGCCUGAAAGUAACAUCAACAAAAGGGAAGUGUGAUCCAACCUAGACUCUGUAGCUGAAAGAUAGGAAGUAAAACACUGACACCAGAUUCAGACAUAUCAGGGACAGACUUAAUGUCAUCUGUCUCAGUCCCACUGGACAGCAACUAUCCACCUGCUUCUUUCCUCCUAUCUAGCUGAUCAGGUUCUUCUUUGGCAGUGAAUGACUGAUGGAUCUGGAUCAUCUGUCCAUGGAAUUCAUUCACAAGACUUGUUGCUUCCCUUCUUUACAUUCCUCCUCUUGCUGUUGAUCUUCAACAUGGCUCCAGCCACACUGCAUUUACCCUGCACUACUGGUGAAAGAGCUAUAGAAUUUCAAGACAGGCUGUUAACCAGGCAGAGCAGUAGUGGCAAAGCUAAUGAAUAAAAGCUAAUAGUUUAAGGAUUAAAAAAAACAGAAUAAGUUAUUUUCAAAGGUUGAAAAUGAGGAGAGGAAAAAAGUUAAAAUAAAAUCCCAAAACAGAACUACUGACAUUCCUCAUUGCUCCUUUUCCAUUCCAUUUUCACGCAUCAUACCUCUUGUGUUUUCUGAAGUAGCAAAGUCCAGCUAGUGCCCCAGCUUACUCCCUGUUCAGUUGCCAGAAUGUUUGGACUAGUCCUCACACUGCCCUCCCUGGACUUUUACGUGCUAUUGGACUAGCUCUCUCUACUUUGCAUUUGGUAACUUAUUUAUACAGAAUAACCAAAUGCUUUUGCACAGGGCAGCAAUUAUCCUCCACCUAGAGAUAACAGCCUACUUCUCAAUGUUACAUCAGAUGGCACACUCUGACCUGCCUAAUGUCUGUGCUUUCUGUGACUUCAAGAGCAUUUUUGUAAACGUUUGCAUAAAAUAGAUUUACCCCUGUUUGAUAAAUGCAGGGAAGAGCUCCCUUUUAUGGACACCCAUCCAGCCAGUAGCUAUAAAAUCCCUCUUAGUAGCUGUCCUCUAAUUGCUUUACCUGUAAAGGGUUAAAAAGUCUCACUGCUAUGCAUAGGUAAAAAGAAGUUAGUGGGCACCUGGCCAAAAGAGCCAAUGGGAAGGCUAGAACUUUUUAAAAUUGAAAAAUGACUCCCCUUUUGUCUAUCUGUUGUUCUCCCGGGGAGAGGCAGACAGGGCAGAGCUAUGAUGUAAGAAGCUUGAGCUAGGUAUGAAAAAAUCAUCAGUAUCAUACCUAGACACUACUCAUUUAAAACCCCAGAUAUGAAAGUAGAUCAGGAAAUGUCUAGGAAGAUGCAAUUAGGUUUAUCUAUUUUCUUUCUUUAUGG